AUGCCAGAUUGCAACUACUUUUUCACACCAGACACUUUUUCGUGGAGUUACCUACCAACCGAUAGUUCAAUCUCGGUUGUGAUGAUCACCAUAGGAAACUAUCUCGUUUUGCUCAUAGUGAUUCUGUCCAUAGCAACAUACGUAGCAAUAUUUAGUUAUAUCACAUUUUUUAGCAAUGCAAAAAUGAGUGCUAGAGAAUAUCGAAUUACUUAUCAGGUAAAGUUGGUUUUUUGCAUGUUGACCUUUUACCUUUAA